AUGCUCAAAACUGUUGCAAGACCUUCCAAGCUAUCUCUGAAUGCUCUAAGGUUAGCUACUGUAAGACACUUUCAUGUCGCGACUCCUUCUCUGGGAUACAAGAAAUGGGCAGAUCUGAAUUUAAAGGACAAACAGGCAUUUAUCAAUCAGUAUAUCGAUCUGUACAAGGAAAAGCACCCUUGCAGUCCCAGUAAUACCAUGCAUCGGACUUUGGUGGGUGAAAUGGAAGAAUUCGACGAUGCGCCCUACGUUUUUGGCAUAGUCUAUAAUGAGAUUAGAUCGGUAGCUCAAGGCGAGUCGCUUCACAACGUCAAAGGAAGAGGAGCCUUAGGAGACCCAGAUUUCGAGAAGCUUUUGUUCAACGGACAAUGA